AGAGUAACCAUCUGUUGUAAUUGCUCGCACAAAAUUCAUAACUAUCAAAAUUGAACAUGUUCUCUCAGCCAAGGAUUACAUCASAGCCAUAGUGUUUCCAAUCUUUGUGUUUGGUUUGUUUUAUGUUAUUACUUUCUGUUCCAUCGUUGCAAUUUGGUGCAAACAAAAAGGGUUACCAGGAAGAAGUUUCUUAGCUAUUUUAAUGCCCAAGAAAGCACCUUCAACAGAAGAUGAAGAUGAAAAUGAAAGCUUAUCACCACUKGUGGAAGCAAGAUCCUUGACAUCAGGAUCUAGAUUCAAGUACGGAUCUGUUCAAAAAGAAUUGAAUGAAACCCCUGAGGUACRAGAUCAAAACAGAGAAAURAGAGAGCAUGCAUAUGAUAGYGAGAGCCUCCCAGAGCCAUCRACGGAACAUAUYGAAAAAGAUUAUGAUAUGCUUCAUGAUCUUGAACAUGAAAAGGAUAUCUAUAGACUCAGGACAUUUGUUACUGUGGCAGACAUGUCGAAGAAAAAUCGCAAGCAGUUAAAAAAGAAGUACAAACUUUACCACUGGAAUUUGAUAGUCAUCUCAGUAUUUUACACUCUUACUGUUCUCCAACUCGUGAUUACUUACCAGAACGUCUUGAGAAGCAGUGGUGAUGAAGAUAUUUGCUAUUAUAAUUUCCUCUGUGCCCAUCCAGCUGGACUGCUGAGUGCCUUCAACAACGUGUACAGCAACAUUGGAUAUAUUUUGCUUGGAAUUUUGUUCUUUUUCAUUGUCCUUAGAAGAGAUCGACUUCACAAGCAAGCUAUUGCUUCAAAGGACAUACAAGAGAAGUCGUGUGGUAUUCCAAAACACUAUGAACUCUUUUAUGCCAUGGCCAUGGCACUUGUGAUGGAAGGAGUACUUAGUGCUUGUUAUCAUGUUUGUCCCAACAAUUCUAAUUUCCAGUUUGAUACGUCAUUCAUGUAUAUCAUUGCAUGUCUGGGAAUGGUCAAAGUUUACCAAACGAGACACCCUGAUAUUGUCAGCAGUGCACACASAGUGUAUGUCUUGUUUGCURGCAUUAUCCUUAUUGCUGUCGUUGGAGUGUUGUUUAGUUCCACUUUGUUUUGGUCUGUGUUUUGUGUCAUCCAUAUUACGAUAUCCUUAUAUUUGAGCUCCCAGUUGUACUACAUGGGAAGACUUAAAUUUGAAUCUGGUAUGUUGACAAGACUGUUGUUUUUCCUGAGAUAUGACUGCUGUGCUUGUCCUGCUUACAGGGACAGAAUGUUGCUUUUGAUCAUAGCAAAUGCUGUCAACUGGAUGUUUGCUAUUUGUGGUGUUGUGUACGAGCCAAAAGACUUUGCAACAUAUAUGCUUGCUAUAUUAAUUGUCAAUGGUCUUCUCUAUGUGGGGUUCUAUGUCAUCAUGAAGAUCAGGAACAAGGAACAUAUUCUCGUACUACCUUGUGUAGUUUCUGUUCUCUCUCUUGUCUGUUGGAUUCUUGCGUUAAUUUUUUUCUUCCAAGAGUUGACCUCAUGGCAGAAAAGCCCCGCAAAGUCACGUGAAGGUAACAGAGAGUGCCGAUUACUUGGCUUCUACGAUGACCACGACAUUUGGCACUUGCUUUCGGCUUCUGCCUUAUUUUUCUCAUUCCUGGCUGUGCUGACAAUUGAUGAUGACCUAGAAGACGUACCGAGAAAGAGAAUCCCUGCAUUCUAGUUACAUCUAGUAGACCUGCUACUUUUACUUGAUUCUGUAGGGGUGUGCUGACAAUUGAUGAUGACCUAGAUGAAGAC